AUAUUUAAAAGAGGCAAACUUCGCUAUACAAAUUUAUAGUUUCAAAAUUUGACACACCUUAAACCUUCAAAUAUGAAGACUGUUGUUUUGUUUGCUGGCUUGUUGUCCGUUGCCUUAGCUGAAGUUAUCAGUCUAAGUCCUGAGCAGACAGAAGAAGCUAGAAAGGCUCUGGAAGAUCCAGAUUUAUUCGAUGGUGACAUGAUUGGAGUUACUUACGAUGAUGAAAGAAAUGCUAUUGUUGGCGAACAUUUGAGAUGGCCAAAUGCAGUUGUACCUUACGUUAUAGAUGACGUUUUGCUUAAAUAUGAGUUUUUGGUGAAGGACAUAGAGAGAGCCAUGGAAGAAUUUCAUAAAAAUACAUGCAUCCGAUUCGUCAAAAGGACAGACGAAAAAGAUUACGUUCGAUUAGUUUGGGGAGAUGGUAAAAGCUGCAGCUCUCAAGUAGGUAGAGUUAAUGGUGAACAGAUGCUUAAUCUAGGUAGAGGUUGUUGGUAUAAAGGAACUGUUAUUCACGAAUUGGGGCAUGCUCUUGGAUUCUAUCACGAACAAAACAGAUCAGACAGAGAUGAUCAUUUGAUUAUCUACGAAGAAAACGUAAAAGAGGAUCAGAAAAAGAACUUUAUAAAGCUAAAUCCGGAAGAAAAUAUUCUAUAUAAUGAUUUUGACUAUGACUCCAUCAUGAUUUAUGGCAACAAAGCCUUGUCCAAGAACGGAAAAGACACCAUGGUGGCCAAAAACGGAAGGACAUUGGUAGACCCUUUUAAUAAAAAUGAAAUGACCAAAAGUGACAUUGAAAGAUUCAAAAAAAUGUACAAGUGUGCUUAAUUUCUUGCAAAAUAUUUUUUGCAACUGUUAAAACAUGAUGAAUAAUAAACAGUAAAGGGAAUAAUUAUCUUGAUGUAUUAAUACAAUUUAUUUUGUUGUUUUGCGUAAAAUAUACUGUAUAUAUUAAAUUAUCUGUGUUACGAAAAUUAA